CCGCCAGCCGCCGCGGCUGCAGCCUCCGAAGGGAGGCCGGGGGAGCCGGCGUGCGCACUUUCCCGCGGACUUUCGGAGUGUUUGUGGAUUUACAUGCCAAGCCAUCAAGAUGAUGUCCAUGAACAGCAAGCAGCCUCACUUUGCCAUGCAUCCCACCCUCCCUGAGCACAAGUACCCGUCGCUGCACUCCAGCUCCGAGGCCAUCCGGCGGGCCUGCCUGCCCACGCCGCCGCUGCAGAGCAACCUCUUCGCCAGCCUAGACGAAACGCUGCUGGCGCGGGCCGAGGCGCUGGCGGCGGUGGACAUCGCCGUGUCCCAGGGCAAGAGCCACCCGUUCAAGCCGGACGCCACGUACCACACGAUGAACAGCGUGCCAUGCACGUCCACGUCCACCGUGCCGCUGGCGCAUCACCACCACCACCACCAUCACCACCAGGCGCUCGAGCCCGGUGACCUGCUGGACCACAUCUCGUCGCCCUCGCUCGCGCUCAUGGCCGGCGCGGGCGGCGCGGGCGCGGACGCCGCCGGGGCAAGGCCCGGGCUGCUGAGGAGGCCCCCGGGGGGCGCGGGCGCGGCGGCGGCGGCGGCGGCGGCAGCGGCGGCCGGGCAGGUGGCGGCGGCGUCGGCGGCGGCGGCCGUGGUGGGCGCGGCGGGCCUGGCGUCCAUCUGCGACUCGGACACGGACCCGCGCGAGCUCGAGGCGUUCGCCGAGCGCUUCAAGCAGCGGCGCAUCAAGCUGGGUGUGACGCAGGCCGACGUGGGCUCGGCGCUGGCCAACCUCAAGAUCCCGGGCGUGGGCUCGCUCAGCCAGAGCACCAUCUGCAGGUUCGAGUCGCUCACGCUCUCGCACAACAAUAUGAUCGCGCUCAAGCCCAUCCUGCAGGCGUGGCUGGAGGAAGCCGAGGGCGCGCAGCGCGAGAAAAUGAACAAGCCCGAGCUCUUCAACGGUGGCGAGAAGAAGCGCAAGCGGACUUCCAUCGCCGCGCCCGAGAAGCGCUCGCUCGAGGCCUACUUCGCCGUACAGCCCCGGCCCUCGUCCGAGAAGAUCGCCGCCAUCGCCGAGAAACUGGACCUCAAAAAGAACGUGGUGCGGGUGUGGUUUUGCAACCAGAGACAGAAGCAGAAGCGGAUGAAAUUCUCCGCCACUUACUGA